AUGGCAGACGUCCCUCAUAUCUCAAAUUGGGUUGACGGCGCCUUCUCAUCGCCCGCCUCGGCUCGCCUGGUGGUCGUCAACCCUGCAGAUGAGUCCCCCAUUGCGACCGUCGAUGCCACAAGUCGGGAACAAGUGGACGAGAUAGUGUCGAGGUCACGGCAACAUUUCAGCAGCCCUAGCCCGUCUUCAUCAUGGGCACAAGCCGACGCUUCAGAACGGUUUUCCGUGCUCUCUCAAGCAGCCACUCUCCUGCGCGCACGCAUCCCCGAAUUCGUCGACCUGGAAGUCCGCCAAACCGGCCGUCCAGUGCGCGAAAUGCGCGCACAGCUGGCCCGCAUCCCCGAGUGGCUGGAGUACUUUGCAGGCCUGGCACGCGUGCACGAAGGUGCCGUGACGCCAUUCAAGGGACCGGUGGUCAACACGCUGGUGCGUCUUCCGCUCGGCGUCGUCGCUCAAGUCACCCCCUGGAACCAUCCGCUGCUCAUAAGCACGAAAAAGAUUGGAGCAGCGCUUGCAGCGGGGAACGUCGUGAUUGUGAAGCCCUCCGAACUAGCUCCGCUAUCAAUCUUGAAGAUGGGGCCCCUGUUCCAGGAAGCCGGUCUGCCAGACGGUACGCUGCAAAUCAUCUGCGGCUACGGUCGAGACACCGGCAAGUUCCUAUGCGAGAACCCUUCACUAGCCAAAAUCGAUCUCACAGGCGGCCUUGCGACAUACCAAGCCAUUGCGCCAGCGGCCGGACGCAAUAUGAUCCCCAUCACGGCGGAACUGGGUGGCAAGGCACCAGUGUGUAUUUUCCCGUCGAUGGAAGUCGAGCAGGCAGUGAAGGCAGCGCUGUUCGCUAGCUUCAUUGCCAGCGGCCAGACCUGCGUCACUGGCAGUCGCCUCCUCGUUCACACGGAUAUAUACGACGAGUUCGUGGCACUGUUGACGCAGAGAACCAAGGCAUUGCGCGUCGGCGAUCCGACUGACCCGCGCACACAAAUCGGCGCUGUAAUCAACAAAGCCGCCGUCGAAAGGUGCGCGGCAUUCGUCUCUCGCGCUUUAGCGCAAGAGAACGGCAGCAAAGCAAACCUUCUUUGCGGCGGCAAGCCCACGACAGUAAACCAGCGCGGCUUCUUCUUCGAGCCCACGCUCAUCGAGACACACUCGAAAUCAGACCUGGCGUGCAACGAAGUCUUUGGACCCGUCAUUGCGAUCCUGCGUUGCAAGUCUGAGGACGAGAUUGUCCGCAUCGCUAAUGCCACCGAGUACGCCCUGGGGGCUUCCGUGUGGACCCGGGACUUUGCACAGGCGCACCGCGUUGUAGGGAAGAUUGAGGCGGGGAUUGUGUGGGUGAAUGGGCAUCAUCUGAAUGACCCUUCUUCACCGUGGGGUGGGUUCAAGGCGAGCGGUGUCGGGAAGGAGAAUGGCCGUGAGGCAUACGAGAGCUAUACGAAGGUGAAAAGCGUCGUUUAUAACUACGGAGUUCUGCCGACGUGGUUUGAUGAUGAGGAAGGGAACGCCAGAUAUGGAUAG